AUGGAGGUACCGCUUCUCGAAAAACGAUACCAUCGCGCAUCUCGACUAACGCAAGCGCUCGGCUCACAGGUGCCCAAAGCCCGGGGAGCUGGCCGGUCAGGCCCGCGCCGUCGCACCGGCUGUUUGACAUGCAGGGCUCGCAAAGUGCGCUGCGACGAGUCCAAACCCAGCUGCGCCAACUGCGAUCGACUGCGCCUGCGCUGUGUCUAUAAGCCUCCAAUCGCCUUCGGGAACACCUCGACCCGCCACUCUCGCGACUCGAUCGUCGUGGCGCAGACCGCUCCUCAGACGGCUCCGACCCCGGCCAUCGGCUCUGCCUCUGCUGCGGCGGCUGUCGCUGCAGCAGCGAGUGCAUCGCAGCGCUCGCCGGAUCUGACUUUCUUCAAUACUGUGUUGCGACCGGACGACCACCACCGAACGAUCCCCGCGAUGGCGGCGCCGAUGCGACGAACCCCCGCCAAUCCAGAACCAUAUCCGCCAGAACUGGGAGGACCGUUUGAUAUGCUUGGUUUUAUGGGCGGGAUUACGUCUGAGCUAGAACAAAAACACCUUGACCUGACAAGCGGUCUUCCAGCUUUCACCAAUAGCCCGCCUCCGCAAUCCAUAACUGCCGGGUUGACCACAAACGGAGCGGAAGAAGCACAGGCACAAGCGCAAGCACAAUUUGGAACAGAACAGCGAUCGCCACUGAGCCCAGACGGGACUUCUUCAUUAGUGGAUGGAGCCUCGAUCGGCGAUACUUCCGAUGCAGCCACAAGGCGCAGCUGGUCCGACCCAGGGACCACUUCGUACGAAGAACAACUGCUCCAGCACUUUCUAGCUAUUGAUCCGCCCGCCGUCAUCUUUGGGCCUGUGAAUAUGGAGUGGAAAUAUGUACGACCAUCUGUUUUGGCUUACGCUCGAGACUUUAGCCCACUGCUGAACGCACUCUAUUGUUAUUCGGAUGUCCACAAAGCAGCAACGGAGGGCAAGCAGUGGCGCUGGGCGCCCACAUACUACCGAGUAGCGAGCUCGGAGAUCCAAGCCUGUUUGCUCGGGGAUGUGGCCGAGCCAACAUUGAUCAAGAUCUUUGCUGCGGUUUUCUUCUUGAUGUUAUCCGAGGUAUGUUUGAUCUGUCUGGCCGUGAGCUUUUUGAAGUGUCGUGAUUGA